CAGCUGUCCUUUGUAUAUGUAGUUUAGCUAAAUUACUUGACAGAGUAGGUAGACACACUAUUUGUUUGAUUUUAGUUCAAGGCAAUGGCGGUUCUACUCUUGUUUAAUUAUGUUGGCGAAUAUCAAACAACUUCAGCCUUCGUUUGGAUUUGCAAACUGUGCAAACAAUCUAGGCGCCUACUUAAGCGCUAUCGCUGGGCUUUUGGAGACAUAUCCAAGUCAAGCAUCGACAAGAUUUGUGUCUCUUUCCAAACUCAACAUGAAGCUAAUCUCGCUGAACUGCAUUAUGAUCCUGGUGGUUCUUUGCUGCCUGGAUGAGUCAAAUUCCCAGAACAGCACCUCGUCUAGUUCGCCAAGCUCGAGCACCAGCAACAGUGGAAACGCCAAGAAUGUGGUAGUCUCCAAUUUGAAGUACACGGCUGUCAGGAGGAUCCGGGUCGGCAGCAGCACCUCCAGCACUGCGACCACCCGGAGUGCCUCAGUGCGCAACAAGAACCUGAGGGCCAAGCGGGCCCAGGCCAAGCGUACCCAGGCCAAGCGUAGUAAGGCUAGGCGCUCCAAGGCUCUGAACGGCCGCAGGACCAGAGGCUAAGCUAAGCUAAGAGAGUGGAUCCGAUCCCAUUCCUCUCUAUGGCCAUGUUAUCUAUUCAGCUAAAAGUCAAUCUUUUAUUUUGAGUUCAUUCUAAACACAAAAAACACUUAAGUUUAUCGACAGACGAAUUAAAUUAGAUAAAUACGUAACUUGUACUUUUUGUUUAUGCUAUUUUGAAUUGAAAGUAGAGACAUUUGAGAUGGAACUACCUGGAACCCGCCACCGAACUACAAACUAAA